ACCAAAGUAUCAUUCUGAAGUUGAACAAGUGGCAGAGUUUGACACCAGAUUGGGCUCUUGUAAAGCUAGAGGAUUUUAAAGACCAUUGAGAUGGUGAAAAUAACUGUCAUCAUUGUGCUUUUACUCAACAUAUCACACUGCUUUGCUCAGUCAGAUGGGACCUUUUUGAUCUACAAUGCACGCAAGAACAGAUGCCUGGGAGACAACCUGAGAGAGUUGUUUCUGUGCAACCCUCAGAGCCCGAGACAGCAGUUCCGCUGGACAUCAGAGAACCGCAUCUUUAAUGUUGAGCAGAAGAAAUGCCUUGGCACAGGCAGCAAGAGUGAGGGCAAUAAACUGCAGUGGUACAUCUGUGAUGCCAACAAUGACCUGCAGAAGUGGGAGUGCCAGAGCGACUCACUGUUCGGCCUGAAGAAUGAGUCUCUUUACUUGUCUCUUCAGGGAGAUUCUCAUCUACUAACACUCUCCAAAGACCCGGGAGACAAGGGCAAGUGGACAAUUCAUGGAACGACAGACAGCAUUUGCUCUCGGCCGUAUGAAGAAAUAUACACAAUUAAGGGAAAUGCUUUUGGACGUCCUUGUCAUUUUCCAUUCCGUUUCAAGAGUAAAUGGUAUACAGACUGCACAACAGAUGGUUCCUCCAUCAAACGUCUAUGGUGUGCAGUUGAAAGGCGAUAUGAAGAUACUGAGCUGUGGGGUUAUUGCCCAACACGUCAAAAAGAUGACAGUUUCUGGAGGAAGAGUCCACUGACAGACAUCUAUUACCAGCUGAAUGAAGACUCUGCAUUGACCUGGUAUCAGGCCAGGAAGAGCUGUCAGCAGCAGGGGGGAGACCUGCUGAGUGUCACUGAACCCCAUGAGCAGACCUUCAUAUCAGGGUUGACUCAGCAGACAGGGGCUGUAUUGUGGACAGGGCUGAACAGUUUAGAUGCAUCAAGUGGAUGGCACUGGGUCAAUGGGCAACCUUUACGUUAUCUGAAGUGGCUCAGUGGACAACCAUCUGCUGCACCAGGCCACAGCUGUGGGGUGAUAAGUCAGCUCCAUGGCUCUGAAUGGUCCACUGCUGUCUGUUCUGAGAAACAUGGAUAUAUCUGCCAAAGAGGUCUCUCUAUUCCCACCGUUCCACCAGAGGUGCACAGAGGUUCUUGUUACAGUCCAUGGAUCCCUUACUCAGGCCACUGCUACCUCCUCACUCGUACAAAGAAAACGUGGCUGGAGGCAAGAGACGCUUGUCGGCGUGAAGGUGGAGAUCUGCUGAGCAUUCUCAAUAUAGAAGAGCAAAGCUUCGCCAUUUCACAGCUCGGAUACUUAAAGACAGAUGAACUGUGGGUCGGUUUUAAUGACCUCAGGACUGAAAUGCUAUUUGAGUGGAGUGACCACUCCAGUGUCCCGUUUGCCUUGUGGGACGUGAAUGAGCCAAGCCACAAUGCUGUCCUCAAAGAAGACUGUGUUUUAAUGAGAGGACAGGAGGGAAAAUGGGCUGAUCAGGUCUGUCAAAGCAAGUACGGAUAUAUCUGCAAGAAGAAAACCCAUUUAAAUACAUUCACUAAUGACACUGUUGUUGCAAGCCCAGGCUGCAAACCUGGUUGGGUCAGGUUUGGUUACUACUGCUAUCUAGCGGGAUCAGAGACUAAAACCUUUGAUGCAGCCAAGCAGAUGUGUGAGAAAACUGGAUCUUAUUUGGCUGACAUUACAAACAGGAUUGAAAAUGCAUUCCUGGUCAGUCUAAUUGGGGCUCGACCAGAGAAGCACUUCUGGAUUGGACUAUCUAACCGGGACAAUCGGCACAUUUUUGAGUGGACAAACAAUAAGAAGGUUCCUUUCACACAUUUCAAUGCUGGAAUGCCAGGGGGGAAACAAGGUUGUGUUGCCAUGACCACGGGAGUACUUGCUGGAUUAUGGGAUGUGCUAAACUGCACUAAUCAAGAGAAAUACAUCUGCAAGCAGAAGGCUGAGGGAGUGAUCACAACUCCAGCCCCCCCAACCACUCCUGCUGUCAGCUGUAGCGACGGGUGGCAUCCUAUCACAAACAGAGAUUACUGUUUCAAGCUGUUUCUAGUGAGGCAAAACGAAGAGAAGACGUGGUCUGAAGCUCUUGACUUCUGCCGGGAAAUUGGUGGCGACUUGCUCAGUGUCCAUAGUUCUAAUGAUAUCAUCACACCAGACAUGGGAUAUGUACCAGCAUGGAUUGGCUACAGCAUCCAGGAUCCCACUGUUGGUUACACAUGGAGUGAUGGCUCCUCUUCAUCCUACGAAAACUGGGAAGAAGGGGAACCAAACAAUUUAAAUGAUGUAGAAAAAUGUGUUACGAUGCGUUUUCAAUGGUGGAGACAUGGAAAAGGACAAUGGAAUGACCUGCAGUGUGAAAGCAAAGCAGAUUGGUAUUGCGAGAUUCGAAAAGGAGUUACACCAAAAGAAGUAGAAAUUACAGAAAAAACAUAUAAUAAAACAGAAGAUGGCUGGCUUAUCUUCAAAGACAAUCAGUAUUACGUCUAUGAAGACUCUUUUGUUUCUAUGGAAAAAGGCCGGAGCUUCUGUAAGCACAGACAUGGUGAUCUUGUGGUAAUAAAUGAUGAGGAAGAAAGAGUGUUUCUAUGGCAUCAGCUUAUGAGGGGUUAUGCUGACGUUUAUAUUGGUAUGACCAUCGAUCUGGACAAGUCUGUUAUGUGGAUGGAUGGAUCGCCAGUAGUAUUCCAGAGGUGGGCAGAGAACCAGCCAGCUUAUUUGAAUAAUGAGGAGCGCUGUGUGAAGAUGACUAGGUCUCAAGGGCUUUGGGAAAGUGUGAACUGUGGUGAUACAGAAAGGUUUAUCUGUAAGCGAAGUGGCUCUGUCCCGGUGAAUGCCACUGCUGCCCCAACUGAGCCCCCCAAAGGAGGCUGUGCUCCCGACUGGGUGAAAUUUCAGGAAAAGUGUUUCAAAGUGCAGCUGGAGCCAAAACCCUGGACUGAGGCCAGAUCGUACUGUAUGGACGUUGGAGGAAAUCUAGCAUCUAUUUCUAACCCAUUGCAACAAGCCUUCUUGACCCUAAAGAUGGUAGAUGAUAACACCCCAGAUUUAUGGCUUGGCUUCAGUAAUUUGGCAGUCAGAAGAUUUAAAUGGACAGAUGGAAGUCCUGUCACCUUCACAAACUGGCCAAAAGGAGCAUCAGAAUACCCUUCAGAGAGCAUGUGUGUUGCUAUGGCGGGCAGGCAAAGAGCACAGCUGGGCAAGUGGGAGAAAAAAGACUGCAAUGAUACGAGUAUUGGCUUUAUUUGCAGUCGUGCUCUAGAUCACUUAAUCAUCCCAAGCCCCACAGAGGUGCCGAAAACUUUCAAGCUUGAAAAUUCUUCCUACACACUGAUCCAAAAAAACCUGACCUGGAAUGAAUCACAGAGUCUCUGUAAGGCUGAGGGGGCAAACCUGGCCAGCAUUCGAGAUAUUCUCACCCAGUCCUACAUAGAGCUGCAGGCUCAUAAGUUAAGACAACCCCUGUGGAUUGGUCUUAAUAGUAUGGAGACAGAUGGAUACUUCAUGUGGAUUGAUAAAUGGCAGUUGAAUAUGGAGAAAUGGGCCAAUGAUGAACCGAAGAAGGGUCAUCCCUGUGUAUAUGUUGAUGUAGAUGGAAUGUGGAAAACUGCCCAGUGCAAUCAAACCUACUAUGGCUUGUGUAAGACAUCAACAGAUGUUGCCCCACCUCCACCAGAACAGUACCCAGGCAUGUGUCCUGAGCAAACUGAAGAUGGACCAGCGAUGACAUGGCUGCCUUUUAGAGGGCACUGUUAUGCAUUUGUAACCUCUUCAUAUUCAUGGACCAGGGCAUCAGACAUCUGCACCAGAAGAGGAGCCACUCUUGUCAGCAUUCAAGACCAAAAAGAGGCAGCUUUUAUAGAUCAUUACAUCAGUUUUAUUGGGAACCUUCAGAGCAAUUUCUGGAUAGGCCUUUACAAGACCUAUGUGGGACACUGGAAGUGGUUGGACAACAGUGUGGUGGAUUACACUAACUGGGAAGAAUCUGGAGGUCAGAUUGAAGACGAUGAUGAUGGUCAUUAUUUUUUUACUUUUGAGGCGGACUGUGCACUCAUCUCUUCCAGAACUAAACAGUGGAGGAAACAUCACUGCAGAUACAACGAAGCAAUGUUCAUCUGCAAAACAGCAAAAGUUAUAAUCCCAACCGUUGGAACAAACCACACAGAAGUUGCUGAAACACAGCGCACGAAUGUUGUUGGUGUGUCUUUGGCCGCGGUGAUUGUAGUGCUGUCUGUGCUGGCUGGACUAGCUUACAUCUACUACAGAACUUCCAAACGUCAGCUUGUUCUUCCUUCUGUAGUGAACCCAAUGUACUACACUACAACAUCCCCCAUAACAGAGGAGAAAGGCAUGAAAUCCUUAGUGGACCAUAUGGAUGAAUAGAUUCCUGCUUUGCAAUUUGUGUAUAUGUACAUUGUGACUCUUUUAUUACUUAACUAAAUGUAUUUGUGUUCUGUGUACUAUUUUGACAUUUAUGAUGUCAUUUACAUGUUUUAAACUGUAUUUGGGAUUCAAGGUUAGUGUGAAAUUAAAGCUUGCUAAAUCAGCCUUAUACCAUAUAUAAUGUGAGGCAGCUGUUGUUGUUGUAUUUUGUUGUUGUAUGCAGUAAAUAAAGCAUUUUCGUUAUGUAUAUA